ACGGAGUACGGAACACGGAGCAGGUAAGUACCUACAGAUACAGAAAGUCGCGGAGUCCAAGCUUGCCCACCACGCCUGCCGUCACCACCACCUAUACCUUCCUUCCCCAAGUGUCCAGUUCACGCCGCACGCCGCACGCCGCAAUCCCACCUCCUAGUCCACCUUGCACAAGCUGUGCACUUCAAUCCUCCAUCCCUCGUCAAUCUCACCGACCACACCUCGAACCGCCUUCGAUCACCAACACCUAUCCCUCUGCUCCCAGCCAUCCCCUCGAGCGUGCGGGCCAGAACCGCUCACAGGCGCCUUCUCCUGCGCGCACACAUGCAUCGAAUCAUUCGCUCAUAACACCGUAUCCAGUCCAUUCCCAUCGAGGACAUUGCUUCCAUAUUUGCGACGCCCAAGCUUGACACGCAACAACCGUCGCCAUGGUUGCGCCGGCUGUGCCUGAGCUUACCGAGGAGAUUCUCUCUGAAUCAAUUGAAGCCCGAACCGAAUCCCUCAUCUCCCUUCGGGAGCUUGGCCCUCCCGACCUGGUCCAUCUCCUGAAGCAGGCAACGAGAAACCCUGGCAAGCAGAUCGGAGUCUACCACCACGUCACCGGUGUCGACGCUUCGUCCUCGGCCAGUCUUGCUGCCUACAUCAACACUUUGACCUAUCGCGAGCAUGGCCAGGCUGUGCAAACGAAGAUUUCGGAAGGCCUCUACUGCUGUUACAAUGCCUUCUCCCGACUCGACAUGCGGGUUCACGUAACGAUCCCUGGAACCGUCGAAAGCUACUGUGUGGAUGAGCGAGGCGAGAAGCGCAAGGCAACGGAUGACUUGUGGCUCGAGACCUACCUCUGCAGCGUUCUCCGAGCCUACUCUUACGCGGAUGAUGGUAGCGGAGAGACGAUCCGAAAGAUUAUGGGUGUGCGCAGAUACAACCCUGUUACCAACACCGAGACCGAACACCGCUUCCUCGGCGCCGCCGAGCAGCUCUUCUUCCGAGGCUGGCAGCUGGGUUCAGACUCUGUCGUUCAAGUGCCGAACAAUGUCUCGAACCAUUUGACCGCAGGCCUCUUGAAGUACUUCCAGACUACGGGACGUCAUGCUUCCGGCAUAAACCUCUUUGAGAAACUCAGAGAUCAAAACAUCGAGGUCUCCUCUCUGUUGGCCAAGGUUCUGUUCAUGGGUAAUGAGGAAGUCCAAGGUGUCAAGGUGCUGCAUCAGGCACUGAAAGAGUCGCCAAUGGACUACGUUAUGCUCGAUACGCAGGCCGAGUUCCUUCUCAGAAAGGCGCAGACCGCCGCAACGCCAGAAUUGAAGGAAGAGAGACUUCGCUUGGCUCUGGGCUGCGCCGACCGCAGCACUAUUGCCGCUCCUAGUGAAUUCGGCACAUGGGCGAGACUGGCGCAAGUCUACGUGGCAAUGGAGGACUGGGAGAAUGCCUUGACCAUUCUCAACUCCUGUCCCAUGUUCACAUACCAGGACAAGGACGCACCUCAGAUGCCCGAGCCGAAGGACGUUCACCUCCCAACUCUUCCCGAGACCCGCUUGGACGAGAUCGACAGCGAACCCGAGUCCAGAUACUCUGAGCAGGUUGACGCCAGUCUUCUGAACCUCCGUGCUUCGGUUUAUAAGGGAACCUUCAAGCAGGCUUACGGCAUCCUUACCGAGAUGACUUCCAAGAUUGGAUGGGAUCAGCUUCUCAAGAUUAGAAGCACCGUCUUUGUCAUGGAGGACGAAUACCGCUCCGAGAAGCAGGAAACCUCGCAGCCUCAGCGUAACCCCAGCACCGACGGGCUUCGUGGAACUCCAGACCCGACCACAAAUGGCGACCGAUCAGACUCGGAAAGUGACGACGAAGAGGGAGAUGAGGAGAAGAAGGCGAAGCCAGCGGAUACUGAUUCCACCGCCGAGACAUUGGCACCAAAUGGACAGACAGAGGCUGUGGAGAAGCCUACCCAUGCCAUCGACCCUGGUGAACUGAAGGGCGAUGCAGAAAACGGUGCGCAGACCGACGACCACCUCUCGAAGCUGAACAAUAAGCGGCUUUGCGAGCGCUGGCUUGACAGCCUCUUCAUGGUGCUGUAUGAGGAUCUGCGCGUCUACACGAUCUGGCGUACGCAAAUGGCCCAGUAUCGCGCGCAAUCCAUGCAGUAUAAGAAGUCGGCUGAGGAGUGGGAGAUUUUGGGCUCUCUGGCUGAGAGACUUCAACACCCGGAAGAAGCUGUGGAGGCCUAUAGAGCAUGCCUCGCCGCAAGAUUCAGCCCCAAGGCCUUGACUGGCAUCCUCCGUGUGUUUGAGGAAGGCAAGAACACUCGCGAGACGGUCGCAUCAGUCAUUCGUCUUGUUACCUGGCAAUACAGAUGGUACUCGGAGUUCUCACCAGAGCUUCUCCACACGGUUCGGACGCUCAUUGAGGAUGAGGGUGCAGUCAAGAUCAGAAGCAUCAUCCAAGCUACCAGCCUCCCGCAGAACGUGCUCGACCUGACCCAUCACUAUGCUGCACUUUGCGCCACUUUCCGCAGCAGCGGCACCGACGGUUAGUUUUGGGCGUUCUCAUGAGCCAGGGGCUGAGCAAUAGGAUCGGCAACAAGCCGUUGAUGAAUCGGAGGGAUUUUGUAGUUCAAGAUUUUCAAGCCUAGGAUGUGAUUUGCAGGAUGCAGUUGGGCACGCAAAUGUUCCAACGUCACAGCGUGUAUCGAGGUCUUGGUGACAGGCACGCUGUGCUGGCUUUGAUUGAAAAAAAGAGAAACAUAGGCCACCCUUACUUGGGAUUCAGGGCUAUAACGCAGAGUCAAAUGAUACCUAGUUCUUCACUUGAAA